CCAGAGCAUACGGCUUCUCAGUAUCUUCACCUCUCACAGAGAGGUGUGCAGCUUCAUGCGGUCACUGAGCUCAACAUAACUCAGCAAACAUGAUUUGGAUCAUCUUGUUUUGUCUUCAUAUAUUCCCAAAUCUUCUUGCGUUACCGAACAUGACUGUGGACAUAAACAGUGCUGCACUUGAUGAGCCCGUGACGUUUGCCGGGGAUUUUGAGGAUGCAUCUGCUCAGAACCAGAAAGAAGAAAGUGUGAGAAAUGUUGAUAGAGAAAAGUGUACAGUUCCAUGUGAGAUGGCAGCAAAACUCAUGCAGGAUGAAAAGCAUUCUUGGUGCAGUAACCUCCAACAUGCCAUGACAACAUAUACCAGGAGCACCAGAAAGUUGAUCCGAGAUUUGAUUGAUGAACAGCAGAAGACCCUGGAAUUCCUCUCUAACCAGGUAAUGGAACUUACAACCAAAGUCCACAGUCUCAGUUUAGACGUGCAGAGGAGCAACACAGAGAUGUUUUCUAUGAAGCCCAUGCAUGCUCAUGGUAGAGACUGCAGUGACAUCAAGGAAACACUAGAGGCAGUAUCACCCAAAAUUCCAAGCGGUGUUUAUAUUAUUCAACCUGAAAACUCUGAGCUUUUGUUUGAGGUAUUUUGUGAGAUGGAUUAUAUGGAAGGAGGCUGGACAGUCAUCCAGAGACGGACUGAUGGCCUGACUGACUUUAAACGUGCAUGGUCAAACUACCUGGAUGGAUUUGGACCCCUUCCAGGUGAACACUGGCUCGGUUUGAGGAAGGUGCACAGUAUUGUAAGUCAGAAGAACACACGCUUUAAGCUUCACAUAUCCUUUGUCUCUCAAGAUGAUUCUAUUGCGUACGCCUCUUACGACAACUUCUGGCUUGAAGACGAGAGCAAAUUCUUUGUAAUUCACCUCGGGAGAUAUGCUGGUAGUGCAGGUGAUGCUUUCAGAGGAUAUGAACAAGAGCAGAAUCAGGACACGGCACCUUUCAGUACAUCAGAUGUGGAUAAUGAUGGCUGCAUUCCUUUCUGCACUUUUGAUGGCAAAGCCGUGGAGAGCUGCAGCGUGAAACACAACAACACAGGCUGGUGGUUUAAUCAGUGCGGCCGGGCAAACCUUAACGGCUCACCACUAGACCAAGAUCGCUCUACUCAGCCGCACAUUCACUGGGACACGUGGACUAAGAAUGGAGAACCUGUCAGUAUCAAGUCAGUAACAAUGAAGAUCAGGAGAGUUGAAGGCUCAAAUUUGAAAUAGGUGUUUUAUUUGCAGAGUCUUUUUGAAAAAAAAAAAAGUUUUACGCAUGAUUCAAACAGAGAUAAUGUCAUUCAUUAGGGAUCUUAUAUUCUAUUGAAUGUGUUGAGGUGUAAUGCAGAGUUCAUCUUAUCACUCUCAAGUUGAAUAUUUUAAUGUGAAUGCAAACAUAAAGAAGUUUAUCUCACUUGUACAACAGCAUUUUGCUUCCACAACUUUUUAUUCAUUAAAUAAGACAUUAUACUAUUUAUACAUUUAUAGUUGUAUUUAAUGAUGUAAAAUGUCUGCAAAACAAGUUAGUUCCUGCUAUGUUAGAGCAGCUAUUAACAAUCUUUCCAUCACUUUUGUGGGACAAAAAUCCCACAAAACACUGUCUUCUGUUCUGUAUAAUUUCCUGGGGAUUUUUCUAGUAAGUCAGAAAAGUAAGUUAGAAAGGUAGAAAAUCUAUCGUCUGUGAGAAAGCACUUACAUUGGAGACAAAUAUUUUAAAAUUCUAACAUUAUUUUUUUCCAAAAAUUAAUCAACACAAGACUGACCAAUCAUAUUAAAGAAAUAAGGAGCAUUAUGGCAUAAAAUAAAUUAAACCA